AGAAUCAGGAGUGUUUCGGGCAGGUUCUCAGGCGGGUAGGGGCUGCCGGAGCCGGCGCCGAGCCGUAGCCCGAAGCGGGGAAGCGAGAGGAAAGCCCCGGGCCCGCAGCGCUGUCGUGCUCGUCCCUCGCUAUGUGGGCCACCGCGAGGCUAGCCCUGUGGCGGGGCGUCCGCGCUGCCGCCCCCCGGCCGCGCGCCUAUCACGGGGAGGCGGUGGCCACGCUGGGCACCCAGCCGGACUCGGGCUCUGCCAUCUACCAGGAAAACUAUGAACAGAUGAAAGCACUAGUAAAUGAACUCCAUGGACGAGCACAGAAAAUAAGAUUAGGAGGUAGCAAGAAAGCCAGAGAACGCCAUACAUCAAGAGGAAAACUGUUAGCCAGGGAAAGAGUUGAUGGCCUUAUGGACCCAGGGUCUCCAUUUCUGGAAUUAUCCCAGUUUGCAGGUUACCAAUUAUAUGGUAAUGAGGAGGUCUCCGCAGGUGGCAUUAUUACAGGCAUUGGGAGAGUAUCAGGUGUAGAAUGCAUGAUUUUUGCCAAUGACGCCACUGUUAAAGGAGGUACCUACUACCCAGUGACUGUGAAAAAACAUUUACGGGCACAAGAAAUUGCACUGCAAAACAGGCUCCCCUGCAUCUACUUGGUUGAUUCAGGAGGGGCAAACUUACCUCGACAAGCAGAAAUAUUUCCUGAUCAAAAUCACUUUGGCCGCAUAUUCUAUAAUCAGGCAAUCAUGUCUUCUAAAAAUAUUGCACAGAUAGCGGUGGUCAUGGGCUCCUGUACGGCGGGAGGUGCUUACAUGCCUGCAAUGGCUGAUGAAAACAUCAUUGUACGCAAGCAGGGUACCAUUUUCUUGGCAGGACCCCCCUUGGUUAAAGCAGCUACUGGAGAAGAGGUGUCAGCUGAGGAUCUUGGAGGUGCUGAUCUUCACUGCAGAAAGUCUGGGGUCUCUGACUACUACGCUUUGGAUGAUCAUCAUGCCCUUCACUUAACUAGGAAGAUUGUGAGGAAUCUCAAUUAUCAGAAAAAAUUGGAUGUUACCAUUGAGCCUUCUGAAGACCCUUUAUUUCCUGCUGAUGAAUUGUACGGAAUAGUUGGCACUAACCUUAAGAGGAACUUUGAUGUCCGAGAGGUCAUUGCUAGAAUCGUGGAUGGAAGCAGAUUCAGUGAGUUCAAAGCCUUGUAUGGAGACACAUUAGUUACAGGAUUUGCUAGAAUAUUUGGAUAUCCAAUUGGCAUCAUUGGAAAUAAUGGAGUUCUCUUUUCUGAAUCUGCAAAAAAGGGGGCUCACUUCAUCCAGUUAUGCUGCCAAAGGAAAAUCCCUCUGCUGUUUCUGCAAAACAUUACUGGAUUUAUGGUUGGUAAAGACUAUGAAGCUGAAGGAAUUGCCAGGGACGGUGCCAAGAUGGUAACUGCUGUAUCCUGUGCCAAUGUGCCUAAGAUAACUGUCAUCAUUGGGGGAUCCUACGGGGCUGGAAACUACGGGAUGUGUGGCAGAGCAUAUAGCCCAAGAUUCCUUUACUUGUGGCCAAAUGCUCGUGUCUCAGUGAUGGGAGGAGAGCAGGCAGCCACUGUGUUGGCGACGAUAGCAAAGGACCAGAGAAUGCGGGAAGGGAAACAGUUCUCCAGCGCUGAGGAAGCAGCUUUAAAAGAGCCCAUCAUUAAGAGAUUCGAAGAGGAAGGAAACCCUUACUAUUCCAGUGCAAGGCUGUGGGAUGAUGGGAUUAUUGAUCCAGUGGACACCAGGCUGGUCCUGGGUCUCAGUAUCAGUGCAGCCCUCAAUGCGCCAAUCCAGAAGACCGACUUUGGCAUCUUUAGGAUAUAACUGGAAUAUAAAGCAUCUUUCAUUGGACAUGUACUAGAAAUUAAUACGUUAGUAGCCUUAACAUUAUAGACUUUUUCAAAUUUCAACUGUUAAACAGUAAAAUUUUCUUAGCACAGUGCAUUGUACUUUUCUCCCUUAAAAAAUCAAUGAAGAUAUUUAUUUCAUGAACCUCAAUUCCUUGUAAAUUUUCUUAGAUUUUUCUGUGGCUCAGCUUUUCCACCCUUAAAAUGAAGAGAGUAACUUACAGUUAUCCUUACUAACCCACAUGUAGUAUGAAAAGUUCUGUAACCUAUAAAUUCCAGAUAUUAUCAAGAGUAUUAAAGUUGGAUUUCCAGUGAAAUGAUGCUUUGGUGAUUAUGCACGGUAUUAUAACACAUAUAUUUUUUAAAAGCAUCUGUUUUCCUCCAGCCAUCAUCCUGUUUCUGCCCAUAAUAGACUUCUUGCUGUGUGCACUCGGGGCUUUAUUUCCUACCCAUUCUCUCCUUACCUACCCCUCACUGGCUUCCAUUGCCAGCAGCCCUCUGCAGGGUCACUGUUGACCUCCGGGUCUCUGGAACCAGUGGGUUCUUUUCUGACUUCAUCCGAUUUAAUUGUCUGCAGCAUUCAGGUCAGUUGAACGCUCCCUCCUAGAAACACAUUCCUUAGCUCCCAUUCCGUGAUACUUUAGGUUUCCCACCAGCCUCUUUGGCCACUCUGUUCUGUUCAGUUUCCUUUGCAGGCCUCUCUUCCUCUGCUGAUCCCUGCCCUCUUCGCCAUUUAUCCUGAUUUUUCAUUAGUAAUACAUGAAUACGGUCUUUUUCUAAAAGAUACAAAUAAUAUAAAAUAUCUCCUCAUUCUUUUUUAAAAUUGUGGUAAAGAUACAUAACAUUUUACCAUUUUAACCAUUUUUAAAUGUACAGCUCUAUGACAUUAAGUCCAUUCAAACUGUUGUGCAAUUGUCACCACCAUCCACCUCCAGAAUGUCUCAUCAUCCCAAACUGACACUCUGUCGUUAAACACUAACUCCACACCACCUCCCCCCCACCCCGGGCACACCUCCUUAUUCUUAAAUGUAUGUACUUUUGUGGCUUGAUUUAAUCUUUCUGGCCAUUUCAGCCCUAUGGCUUCAGUUGCCAUCUAAAUGAGGAUGAUUCCUGUGUUGACAGUUCCUAACACAUCUCUUCCAUGAUCUUCAGACCUGCCAGAUAGACUGGAUAUCUGCACUGAUUGUCUUACAAGAACUGUAAGACUCAGUCAACAAGUUCUGUUGAUUUUACCUCUAUCACUUGAAUUCCCCCAGUUAUUUUUGUCUUUCACUACCACAGGCAUUAGGAGUGGUCUUGCUGCAUACAGUCUCACCUGGUCUAAUCGCCAUCACUGUGGAAUUAGGAUGGCCAUUCUAAAUGCACAUCUGGUUGUGCCACUCCCUUACUCAGAUCUUUCACUGAUUUUCUGUAGAACUGCCAGACCACUAAUGCCCUCCAUGGUCAUCCCUUCUUCAGUCUCAUCUAGACUCCUCUUUUCACCCUUGGUGCUUCAGCCACCCUGACUUCUAGUCCCUUGAACCUACGAAGUCUUUCCCACUUUAGGGUCUACAAAUUUCCCUCUGCCUGAACUGUUCCACUGUCUCUUCUUAAACACAUCUUUUUGUCCCUGACUUCCUGGGGCUGAGUUAGUUACCUACAGUGUGCCCUUGUAAAGCACCAUCACUCCCUCGGUCACUUCUUCUAUAAGGAGUAUAAACAGUUUUCUAAUAUUGCCCUCCUGCUAGAAUGUGAGCUCUAUGAGAGCAAGGAUUUACUUGUUUAGACUGUAUCUCCAAUGCUUGGCACUUGCAGGUGCUCAGAUAUUUGUUGAAUCAAUGAAAAAAAUCCAUAUAUCCAUAUUUUAAUUGAUAUUCUCAGGUCACAUCAUUUUAAAAUUGAUUGAUUAUAUGAUCUAAUAUAAUUAUCAAAUGCUUUCCUAAUAAAAUUUGUAUUUUAAACA